AUGCUGCUGGUGACAGGAAAUGAUCCCGAGUAUGACUCCGACAAAGAACCUGCCCCUCCUACGAAAACAGUAGACAAGCCGGCCGCUCGUCAUGGCAAGCGUGAUGUUCCCAAGGAGGUGCCAGCCGCCCCUGCUGCUGCCGCUGCUCCCCGAGGUGGCGGUCGCGGUGGUCGCGGCGGCCGUGGAAACGGAAACGAUGAAGCAUUCCGUGACCGUAACGCUGGCAGCUACAACAACCGUAACCGCCCAAUUGACGAAGUGAAGGAGGCUGGACGUCGUGGCUACCGAGGCCGCGACGACCGUGGUGGUCGUCCCCGCGGUGACCGUCACCCCGCCCGCACUGGCCACACCGAUACUGAAAAGCAAGUUGGUCAGGGCUGGGGAGGCAAGAAGGGCGACGCCGAGUGGAAUGAUGAAAAGGCCGGUGAAGCCAUUGCUAAGGCGGACGAGAACGAGCCCCAGACUCCUCUCGAGGGAGCCGAGCCUGAAGAGCCUGUCGACAAGUCCAAGUCAUAUGCCGAUUAUCUCGCUGAGCAGGCCGCUACCAAGAGCUCAGACCUCGGUGUGAAGGCAGCCCGUGCUCCUGAUGCCGGUGCCAAGGACAAGAAAUGGGAUGCCGCCAAGGAGUUCAAGCGUGACAACCAAGAGGAAAACUACAUUAAGCCUCAGGAGGAGAAGUCCAGGCGCGAGAAGCAGCGCAAGGAGAAGAACUUCCUUGAUGUUGACAUGCGCUUUGUGGAGCAGCCCCGUACUCGCGGUGGAGCUGGACCUCGUGGAGGUGCGCGUGGCGGUCGUGGUCGUGGCGGACGUGGAGAUGGCGUACGUGGAGAUGGUCCCCGCGGCGGUCGUGCUGGCGGCUCUGGCCCUACCGUUGACGACAAGAACUUCCCUAGUUUGGGCAGCAAAUAG